AUGUCUGCCAACUACUUAUAUUAUGAUAUAAUCUCUUGUUCCUCUAAAGAUAAAGCUUUAAUCAACUUUUUCAAAUCUAAAAAAGAAUCGACGAUUGAUGGAAAUGAGAUAUGCUGGUUCACUAAGAGCGGUCAUUCCUUCCCACAAUCGAUCAUUAUGAAGCUCGAAGAAGAAACUCAAGUUGAACAGAUCGAAAUAACGGCUCAUCCAAAAUAUUUACCGAGUUCGGUGACCAUAUCAUUCGGAAUCCCAGACGAUCGCUUUGCAAACUCGAUUGGAAAGUCAUACAACGCAUCUUAUAAGAUGAUCACUCAAUUGUCUUUUAUGAAAAAUGGUCAAAUAGAACAAACACAGAGAGUUACAUUCUCUCCUCAUAAAACACUCUAUAUAAGACUUACCGUUCACGGCUUUGUGACUUCUAUUGAUAAUCCCGAACAACAAAUUGGUAUAUUAGCUGUCAUAAUUCGAGGAUUCGCUUCAUCGUCAACAAGGAACAGUCUGAGAGAAUCCGAAGAAAGAAUGUUAACUCUGCCAAGCUCUCUCAAGCAAUACAUGAGCCUAUCUAGUCCGAUGGCCAGUCGUCCACGAACAUUAAUGAACAUGGAAUAUGACAGUGAUGAUGAAGAAAUCUUAUUUUCAUUGGAUAUGGUUAAACGAUUGAAAAACAAAUCAAAAGUUUUGGAAGAAAGCAUGGAAGAGAAACAGAUGCUUACACACAAUCAAGGGACUGAAGAAGACUCUAGAGAUAUUUUAAAAGAAAUCGAAUCAUUCCAAAUGGGAUUAACAGAAGAGAGAAAAGAAAAAAAGUUUUAUUUUGGCAAACGAUUAUCUGAUUUCAAUAACUUAAUUCGUUUACUUGAAUCCAAGAAGGAGGAAUCCAUCUGGCAAGAGAAAUAUGAUUUGGCUAACGAUAUCGAUGUUAUUAUACAAAAAUUGAAAAACCGUGAAAAGCCAUUGAAGGAAUUGCUAGUUGAUCGUACAGAUGCCUUAGAUCGUAAUGAUCUUAUCCAAGCUCAGAGAUUAAAAAGUUUGUUCGAUGAGAAUCUGGAGGAAGUGAUGGAUUUGAAAGGAUUGGAAAAGUAUUUAUCAGCCAAAGAGAUUGAAAGGAUAAAACAUGAAGCUAACCAGUUAGGUUUAUCCAAGAGCUGA